UAGAGAUAUAUUUUAUUUAGGUUUACACUGACAAAACCAAGAAUGUGAAUUCAAAGAUGAAGUAAUGGUUAGGUACAAAGGAAAAUGCAUUAGCACCUGUAAUUGUAUCCAAUUGGUGCAAUUCCAGGGGCUGCAGGAGGGUUAUGUCACCUCUGAAAGCACACACAUAAACUCUAGAUUUGAGUAUUUGGAUUAGUAGGGGGAUGAGAGCCUUUCCUUUCCAGUAACAUUAUUGUCUAGUUCCUAUUGUUCUUUUUUUCCAAAUCCUUGUCCCACUGCACCUAACAUCUUUCCUGACAAGUUUCAUCAGACUCAGCCACCACAGCCUGUGGGAAAAAUGGUUGUGCCACACCUAUGUGUGACAAAAUACAUUUCCACAGCUCUCCCUCAACAAGUAAUCUGAGAACAUGGGAUAGGCUAAUCUGCAAUCCCUCUCUGAUUAGUUUGAUGAGAGAAUCCAGAUGAUCCAGAUAAUGUGGGUGUUGUCAAUGCAACAUCAGGGUCAUUCAUUCACUCAUUCAUUCAUUGGAAAGUAGUUAAUAACUACUUACAGAUACUCUACUUAGUACUAAAGUUACAAAUAUGAGAAAGACACUGUCCCUGUCCUUUAGGAGUUUACAUGUUUAUCAGGGAGACUAAUAUAUGAGAAAGCAACGGAUAUGAAUGUCAUGGAAAGUGCUGUCAUACACAUGACCAAGAGACCGUGUGUGCAGUGAAGUGAUUAGCUGGCUGAUUAAAAGUGAAGGAUUCAAAUAAUUCUUAAGAAGAGAAAUGGCCAGGAGUGAUUCAGGGUUGCUUGGGAAGACUACUCUAGGCAUAUAUAAAUAUGAAGUAUGUGGGAAGCAGAGGACAUGGCGAACCAGGUUACCAAGUGCAAGGCUGCAGUUGCCUGGGAGGCAGGAAAGCCUCUCUCUAUAGAAGAGGUAGAGGUGGCACCCCCAAAGGUUCAUGAAGUUCUAAUUAAGAUUAUGGCCACUGCAGUUUGCCACACCGAUGCCUACACCCUGAGUGGAGCUGAUCCUGAAGGGAGUUUUCCAGUGAUCCUGGGACAUGAAGGUGCUGGAAUUGUGGAAAGUGUUGGCGAAGGAGUUACUAAGCUGAAGGCAGGUGACACUGUCAUCCCACUUUACAUCCCACAGUGUGGAGAAUGCAAAUUUUGUCUAAAUCCUAAAACAAACCUUUGCCAGAAGAUAAGAGUUACACAGGGGAAAGGAUUAAUGCCAGAUGGUACUAGCAGAUUUACUCACAAAGGAAAGACAAUUUUACAUUAUAUGGGAACCAGCACAUUUUCUGAAUAUACAGUUGUGGCUGAUAUCUCUGUUGCUAAAAUUGAUCCUUUAGCACCUUUGGAUAAAGUCUGCCUUCUCGGUUGUGGCAUUUCAACUGGUUAUGGUGCUGCUCUGAACACUGCCAAGGUGGAGCCUGGCUCUACUUGUGCCAUCUUUGGCCUAGGAGGAGUUGGAUUGGCGACUAUCAUGGGCUGUAAGGUGGCUGGUGCAUCCCGGAUCAUUGGUGUGGACAUCAACAAAGAUAAAUUCUCAAGGGCCAAGGAGUUUGGAGACUCAGAAUGUAUUAACCCCCAGGACUUCAGUAAACCCAUCCAGGAAGUGCUCAUUGAAAUGACUGAUGGGGGAGUGAACUAUUCCUUUGAGUGUAUUGGUAACGUGAAAGUCAUGAGAGCAGCGCUAGAGGCCUGCCACAAAGGCUGGGGUGUCAGCGUCAUAGCUGGAGUAGCUGCUUCAGGUGAAGAAAUCGCCAUUCGUCCAUUUCAGCUGGUAACAGGGCAGGUAUGGAAAGGCACUGCCUUUGGAGGAUGGAAGAGUGUGGAAAGUGUCCCAAAGUUGGUGUCUGAAUAUAUGUCCAGAAAGAUAAAAGUUGAUGAAUUUGUGACUCACAGUCUGUCUUUUGACCAAAUUAAUGAAGCCUUUGACCUGUUGCAUGCAAGAAAGAGCAUUUGAACUGUUGUAAAGCUUUAAAUUCACAAAGAAAACAUGUCCAUCCUUGUACUGAAGUCUUGUGGUCCACCUGGAACAGCCAGACAAGCAGGGAGAUGUUCUUCUAAGUUCACAGUCUCUUAGACCUUUUCUACUACUACUUUUAGAGUAACCUUCUCUAGGGAAUAAUAUUUUUUGUAUAAUUCAUAAAUCUCUAAUCAAGGACAAGGCUAAUACAGUCAUAAAUCUGUUUUCUGAACUCUCCUUCACAUGAAUAAUUGCCAAACCAUUAAGGAAUAUUCUAACAUAAUAAAAGUAAUUUCUGCAUAAAAAUAAUAUGAUGUAUGUGUAAGGUUUUAAAGUAAGAAAGACCAUAGUCAGCUCAGGCAAUCUGAAAAUAAUUCCACAUAGCUAAGACACAGGUUGUAAAUGGUAGCAUGGCAAGAAAUUAUGCCAGAAGGAUAGACAGAGGCUGAGUCAAAACAAACCUUACACGCCUUGCAAGGCAAUGAAUUAUCAAAAUCACAUGAUCAUAUAUUCAUUUUGGAAAGAUUUUUUUUGUGGCAGUGGAGCAAGACUGGAAGCAUGAGGACCAGUUUGGAAACUACUAUAGUAAUUCAGGUAAAAGAUGACAGAGGUUACCUGGGGUGCACAAGAGGGGCUGGAUACAGAACGUAUUUCUGAAUAGAUUUGGGUCUAGAUGUUAUACAGUGAUUGAAUGAGACAAAGGUGUCUACAUGUCUGGUUUGAGUUACCAAGUAGAGAAAACAAGUAUAGGAAGUGAAAUGAGAGAAGGAGAGAGAGAGAGACUUUGAUGAAAGAGUAAACACCUGCACCCCGAUGUUUAUAGCAGCAAUGUCCAUGAUAGCCAAACUGUGGAAGGAGCCUCGGUGUCCAUCGAAAGAUGAAUGGAUAAAGAAGAUGUGGUUUAUGUAUACAAUGUAAUAUUCCUCAGCCAUUAGAAAUGACAAAUACCCACCAUUUGCUUCAACGUGGAUGGAACUGGAGGGUAUUAUGCUGAGUGAAAUAAGUCAAUCAGAGAAGGACAAACAUUAUAUGUUCUCAUUCAUUUGGGGAAUAUAAAUAAUAGUGAAAGGGAAUAUUAGGGAAGGGAGAAGAAAUGAGUACGAAAUAUCAGAAAGGGAGACAGAAUAUAAAGAUUCCUAACUCUGGGAAAUGAACUAGGGGUGGUGGAAGGGGAGGAGGGCAGGGGGUGGGGAUGAUUGGGUGACGGGCA